UCUUACUCUCUACCUCCUCUCCACCUCUUCGCCCCCCCAUCCCGCUCCCGGCCCGCCCUGCCCCCGUUGCUAUGCAACGCGAGGCGCGCAGCCAACCCUGGUGGCCGGUGGCCCGCGGACCUCCGGGCUGCUUAGAACAGCUGCCGGAUGCGCGGCGCAGGCAGCGGCUGCGAGGGCCCAGCCCGGGGCCUGCCUGCAGGUCCUCCUGCACACGCAGUCGCCUUCCAGAGCAGGGGAAAAUCUGACAUCCCCAAGUCACUACAAACCAACCCAGCCCUGAGCUGUUGUCUUCCUUGGCUGUUAGCUUCUCCAGAACUUGAAUAUCUGUUUCCUAAAUAGUGUUUGGGAAAAGCUGUGCCAAGUCAGGUUUUUGUAAGUGGAGCUCAAUUUCCAGUGCAUCAUGGGAGCUCGACAUUUAAAGAAACCCUGCAGUGACUCCUUGGAUAAAGGGAAGAAUUGUCUCCUAAAGCAUGGGCAUGCUCCACCUGCAGCCCGGCUUCUGAAAAGCAACAGAAGAAGCCAGGCAGUGGUUGGCCUCCAGGAAUCAUCGGUGACCUUUGAAGAUGUGGCUGUUUACUUCACAUGGGAAGAAUGGAGGCAACUGGACCUUGCUCAGAGGGCCCUGUAUAGGGAAGUGAUGCUGGAGAAUUAUGGGAAUGCAGCCUCCCUAGGGUUUAUGGGCCCCAAGCCUUACCUGAUCUCCCAGCUGGAACGAGGACAGAUGCUGUGGACUCUGGAUCUUCAGGGGACAGAGACCAUUGAGGCCAGGAGAGGCACUUGGCCAGAUGGCAGGCCUGAGAGCAAAGAGUCUAUGCCAAAGCCAGGCAUUCCCCAAGAUGGGAUUUCACAAGGACGGUUGUUUACCCAGGGCCAACAGGACAACAUGAACAGGACCACCUCCAGGCAUGUGGCUGGUGCUCUUAGGCCAAUCUCCAUAGCCAGAUGUCAACCAGAAAAUCUUGUCUUGGAAAACAAAUGUCAAGAAGCAGAGCCUGCCAGAGAGGGUGGCCUGAGUGGGGAGGCCCAGAAUUGCAAUAUUAGGCAAAAGUCAGAGCCUCCCAGAAAUCAGACUGUCCCUCAUGGAGAGAAGUCCUAUGAAUGUGAUGAGUGUGGGAAAGCCUUCAGGUGGAAAUCAGUGCUCGUCCUCCACCUUCGAAUUCACAGUGGAGAGAAGCCUUAUGUGUGUAAUGAAUGCGGGAAAGCCUUCAGUCGGAGCUCAGAUCUGACUAAUCAUAAGAGAAUCCAUAGAGGAGAGAAGCCUUAUGAAUGUAAUGUGUGUGGGAAAACUUUCACGUGGAGCUCGAACCUUAUUAACCACAAGAGAAUCCACAGUGGAGAGAGGCCUUAUGAAUGUAAUAUAUGUGGGAAAUCUUUCACUCAGGGCUCAAUCCUAAUAAAACACCACAGGAUUCACAGUGGAGAGAAGCCCUAUGAAUGUCAUGAAUGUGGGAAAGCUUUCAGCCAAAAAGGGAACCUUCUUAAUCAUCAGAAAAUUCACACCAGAAAAAUCAUUGUUGUGAGCCCUCUGCGCAUAAUAAACAUGGGCAAUCUAGCAGUUUCCAAGGCGACCGAGGGGCAUGAGGAACGCUCCGCCCUCUCAGUAAACCUGGCUGGGCGGGGACAGCCGAGGGAGCACCACCGAGACGCUAGGCCUCCGCGCCUGCCUAGAGCGGCACCGGAAGUUCCCCCACGAAGGCGGAAAGGCAGGCUUACGGCAGGUAGGGAUUCGGAAGUACUUCCGGUAGCGCCGCUGCUUUUCCGGGUUUGGGGUGAGUGUGAGCGUAUGAAGCGCCGGGACAGGUUCCAUCUCUCCCCGCCUCGCCCCUUCCAGGGAUCUGAGUCUCCUGGGGUGGCAGGGGAUGAUGCCCGGAGCUCUCCAGGGUCUGGCUCGGGCUCCCCCAUCCCUCUCCGUCCUUCCUGUCCCCUCCGGGGCCCCGUAGCGCCUCCCAGGCGCGCCUGCGCAGAUGCGCUCUGGUCCACCUAUCCGGGCCUUAACCUGCGCUGGCCUGCGGGGCAGGAAGCCCGCGGCCUUCUGAGCCUCUAUGCUCACCUCCGGAAAGUGUUACAGCCGGCUAAGAUGCCUUUGUUCAUCUCGUCAGCUGACAGUACGGAGCUGGACACGGGGAGACAGACCAAGCCGUCCUUGCCCGGAAGGACCUUACGGGGAUGGCCACGGGAAGGCAUGCCACCCAUUGCCCCAGAUGGAAUCAUCACUCCAGAGAACUGCUGCCCAGAUGGGAUCAUGGUGGUAAAGUCUUUGUUCUGGUACUUGUCUGUUGAUGACUGUGAUAACUCUGUGGGUGACUGGGUGCCACUGGCAGACCCAGGGGAUUAUCCCCAGGCCAGUAAGACACUCUUGUUUCAGGGCUCAGUGACAUUCGAAGAUGUGGCUGUGUAUUUUACCCCAGAAGAAUGGAGGCAGCUGGAUCCCACUGAGAGGUCCCUCUAUGCCAAGGUGAUGCUGGAGAAUUUCUGCAAUGUGGCUUCACUGGGAGGACUUCCACUUUUCAAACCCGAGCUGAUCUGCCAGCUGGAGCAAGGAAAAGCGCCAUGGGUUUUGGAUCCUCUGGGUGGCCCUGAGAGCAGCAGCAGAAAAGCCUGCUCAGGUGACGAAGCUGCAAGAAGAUGGUCUUUUCCAAAGCAAGACAUUUCCGAAGACAGGGACUCACCUGGUAAGUUAUGCACAGGACUUCCACGGGCCGUUCUCCCUGACUUAGGAGAAACCCUUGAGUACAAACCUACAAACGUAGAUGUGCAGCAGAAAAAGCCUCCCCAAGAGAGAUCCAGACUCUCCCCUUCCCAGAAGAGAAGUUUCCAUUGUGGGACAGUUGAUCUCAGGACAGUAGCCAGCACAGAAGGACCUCCUAAAAAUGAUAUGUGUAAGAGAACUUUAAAGCUAGUAACCCAAGAGAGAGAACCUAUGGGAAAGAGACUGCAGAGAAGGGAGUCUCAGACUUUUAGUAUGAAAAGGUGUUCAGAGAUUCCUGUAAAUCAGAGGAUUCCUGUGGGAGAAAGGUCUUAUACAUGUAGAGAAUGUGGGAAAGCUUUUGGUAAGCGUUCCAAUCUCAUUCACCAUCAGAGAAUUCAUAGUGGAGAGAAACCCUUUGAAUGCAAUGAAUGUGGCAAAGCCUUCAGCCGCUUCUCAGUGCUCACUGAACAUUACAGAAUUCAUAGUGGAGAGAAACCCUAUGAAUGCAAAGAAUGUGGCAAAGCCUUCAGUCGGAGCUCCAUCCUCAGUAAGCACCAGAGGAUCCACAGUGGAGAGAAGCCCUAUGGAUGCAGUGAAUGUGGGAAGGCCUUUAGUUGUAGCUCAGUCCUUACUGACCAUCAGCGAAUUCACAGUGGAGAGAAGCCCUAUGAAUGCACUGCGUGUGGCAAAGCUUUUAACCGAGUUUCUAUCCUUACUAAACACAAGAGGAUCCACAGUGGAGAGAAGCCCUAUGGAUGCAGUGUAUGCGGGAAGGCCUUUAGGGGAAGCUCAGACCUCGUUCAGCAUCAGAAGGUCCACAGUGUGGAGAAACCGUACGUGUGUGCUGAAUGUGGCAGAGCCUUUCAGUGGACGGCAGACCUCAGCCAGCAUCAACGAAUCCACAGUGGAGAGAUUCUCUAUGAAUGUAACGCGUGUGGGAAGGGAUUCAGGUGGAAUUCAGCCCUUGUCCAGCAUCAGAUAAUUCACAGUGGAGAGAAACCCUACAACUGUCAUAUUUGUGGCAAGGCUUUUAGCCGCAGCUCAAACCUCAUUCAGCACCAGAGGAUCCACAGUGGAGAGAAGCCCUAUGAUUGCAGCGAAUGUGGGAAGGCCUUCAGCCAAAGCUCCAAUCUUAUUCAGCAUCAGAAAAUUCACACCAGGAAGUAGUUGACUAAGCAUAAUAAAUGUGGGAAAGCUGUGAAUCUAACUUAUGAUUGUGUUCCAUUGAAAGAUUCCACAGUGAAAUUGUGAAACUUUGGUGGCGGGACUCAGGGAUCAGUACCUUGUCAUCCCUUAAGGAAAGGCCAGUUUAAUUCAUUUUAAGUAAUUCCAUUUGUACUGUGGAAAGAAUCUUACUGUUGGAGUUAGGAAAACUGGGUUCAAAUCCUGAUUCUGCAGUGUAUUAGCUGGGUGCCUGUCUCUUUGAGCCUCAGGCUUGUCAUCUGUCAAAUGGGGUUAAUGAUACUUACAGAGUCUGUGGAAGUGAAGUGAUAUAUGUAAAGUGCUUUGUGACCCUUAAAGUGCUAUGUUCCUGGUAGCUAUUCUUUGUGUUGUAAUUAUACUUCAAGCCUUAA